AAAAUCCUGAGCUGCGGACAUUGAAGAUUAAGGACCCAAAGCAAAAGCGUAACAUAAAAAUGGAGAAGCUGAAAACCUUGGCUUUAGUGGGAGGCGGAGCUUUUGUAGGUUCUGUUUCUACCUUGUUUCUUCUUAAGCUUCUCCCAAGAAGGAAUUCAAAUCAGUGCGACAGCAAGGCUAUCGGAUCGAAUGACACAACAUUCAGAUAUGGGAUUGAUCUUGGAAAUGGGAAUUGUGGGCUGGCUGCCUUGAACCUUCUAGCAGAUGAAAUAGUUUCUGAACAACUGACUAGGAAUAUUCAGUUCUUUGGCCUUGACUCUCAAGAAAAGGUUACAUCAUCCUAUGUUGUGGUCAUUGGUCUUGGAGGUGUUGGAAGUCAUGCUGCAUCUAUGCUUUUGAGAUCCGGAGUUGGCAAGCUCCUAUUGGUGGACUUUGACCAGGUCUCUCUUUCAUCAUUAAAUAGACACGCUGUUGCAACACGAGCAGAUGUUGGUAUCCCUAAAGCAGAGUGCCUCAAGAAGCAUUUCUCUUCAAUCUUCCCUGAGUGCCAAGUAGAUGCAAAGGUGCUGCUAUAUGAUGCGUCAUCUGAGGAAGAAAUUCUUUCUGGCAACCCUGAUUUUGUUUUGGAUUGCAUUGACAACAUCGACACAAAGGUAGCACUUCUGGCUGCCUGUGUGCGCAGAGGUCUGAAGGUACUAUCUGCAACAGGAGCUGGUGCGAGAGCCGAUCCAACGAGAAUUCGUCUAGCUGAUUUAAGAGAGUCGACAAAUGAUCCAUUGUCUAGAGCUGUAAGACACCGUUUAAGGAAAGAUCAUGGGAUUGAGGGUGGAAUUCCUGUUGUUUUCUCUUUAGAGAAACCUAAAGCUAAGCUGCUUCCUUUUAGAGGACCAAGUGGUGAAGAAGACCCUUCAGAUUAUCAAAUUGUACCUGGGUUUAGGGUCCGCAUCAUACCUGUUCUGGGUACCAUCCCUGCAAUUUUCGGACAGGUUAUGGCCUCCUACGUUGUUACACAACUUGCAGGGUUUGAUGUUCAAACAGAGCCAGUGGUAAAUCUAGAUGUUGAUCAUUAUCAGACACUCCUGCAACGGCUUAUUGAGCAUGAGGAGUCAUUAUAUGGUACAGACAUGCAAGUCCAGGUUGAUGUUGAGGAAGUGCGGUACAUCGUUAAAGAGUUGUGGCAUGGGAGAAGUGUAAGAGAACUAUCUGCAAAAGAUGUGGGCCGUGGCAUGUGGCGAUCUGUUAAUGAGUUGAUGCUUGUUAGAUGGGAUCAGGCAAAGCCAGCAUCUGUAUCAAAUUUAGUUCUUUUAAAAUUUAAAGAGGCUGAUGAACAUGAGCAGAGGAGUCUAGAGGAUAUAAAAGAAAACGAACCAGCUUUUUUCAAGAGGGUGACAUCCGUGCUGAAGCGAGCCGAACAAGACUUUGGCUUGUAACAUGACGCAAUCAGUUGAGUGGUUAAUUUAUGCAGUAUAUUUCAAUGUGACUGUUCUUUAUCCUUAGAUGUUGAUGUUCACAUCCAACUUAUGAACCAUAGUGUCGUUUAUACGCAAUUUCCGUCUUUUGUUUCUUUUGCCUGUACUCUUUGCAUAACUCGUCAUUUAUGUUUAAAAUAUGUUCUGUUCUCGGCCGGUUCA